GUCUCAAAGCCUCAGAGCGCGAUUGUGCAGGAACGUUGGCGUCCUUGAGCGCUUCGGUCGCAGUCGAUUGGCGGGAGCGACAGGAGGGCGGCAGCUCGCCCCGCCUUCGGUGCCGUCUGUCAGGCCACCACCGCUCCACUGUCCACCACCUCUUCUCACCGGAAAGGGAGGGCGCCGGGGGUCCCUGCGCGUCAGUCCUGAGGACGCCGGGCGUGGCACCACCGCGCGAUCUUGACCUCAGGCGCGGUCCGGCGCGCGAUUGGCAGGCAGGCAUGUGGCGCGCUCUGGCACGAGCUCGGGCUAUUGGGCGCGCGGCGCCGGUAGGCGGAGCCUGGAAGCGAGGUCUUAAGGCCGCGGAGCAGGAGUGCGCUGACAGCCAGCGCCUGAGGUACGGAGGGAGUCAGGAUUUGUUUACGGCUGUUGUUGGAAGUGGGGCCGUCGGGGCGGGACCUGCGGAAGCGCGCGGACGGACGGCGCCGAGACCCCCGGGAUCCCCGAGACGCGCCAGGACAAUGCCGGAGAUCGACACCAGCCACUUGGACGAGCAGCAGGUGCAGCUGCUGGCGGAGAUGUGCAUCGUCAUCGACGAGCACGACCACAAUAUUGGGACCGACAGCAAAAAGAACUGCCAUCUGAACGAGAAUAUCGAGAGAGGGCUGCUGCACCGCGCCUUCAGCGUGUUUCUGUUCAACACCGAGGACAAGCUGCUACUGCAGCAGAGGUCGGACACCAAGAUUACCUUCCCAGGUUGCUUUACCAACACCUGUUGCAGUCAUCCUUUAAGUAAUCCCAGAGAGCUUGAAGAAAAGGAUGCUAUUGGAGUAAAACGAGCGGCCCAGAGGCGGUUAAAGGAUGAAUUAGGAAUUCCCAUGGAGGAGGUUCCUCCAGAAGACAUUAAUUACCUAACCCGAAUUCACUACAAAGCUCAAUCUGAUAGCACCUGGGGAGAACAUGAAAUUGAUUAUAUCUUGUUUGUGAGGAAGAAUGUAACUCUGGAUCCAAACCCCAAUGAGAUUAAAAGCUACUGCUACGUGUCAAAAGAAGAACUGGAAGAGCUCCUGAAAAAGGCAGCCAGUGGUGAAGUUAAGAUAACUCCAUGGUUUCAAAUUAUCGCAGAAACUUUUCUCUUUACGUGGUGGGGUGACCUGAAUCAUUUGAAUCAGUUUGUUGACCAUGAAAAAAUACAUAGAAUGUAGUAAAUGUGGAGAUGAAUGAUGAAUACUAAAAAACUUCCAAGUGAACUUAAAUUUUUUUUUAAAUCUGGCUCUCCAUUAGAAUUCUCAUUUGAAACAAUACUUUACAACCAGUGUUUGUGUGGGAAAUAGUCACUUCUUAACUGUGUAUCACACACCCUAUAUAUGUGCACUGCUAUAGACAUUUAUGAGAUUGUAAAUAAGAGCAAAUAAUUUAACCUGUCUAAACAUAGUCCUGACAUGUUUUACAAGUCAAUGAAGCUCUUCAUUUUUGAUAUGUGAUAAGCAUUUUCAGAAAAUAGAGCAUUUUGCUGUUUGCCAGGUGCUCUCUAUAUAUAUCAUCAUGGUCCAGAAAAACCUGCAAUGGAAACUGCUUAGCUACUUAAAAACAGUCCAAAUUAACUUCACAUAGUAACAGAAAACUAGUAGAGCAGGUUCAAGGGAAGUUAAAUGGUAUAUAUUCUAAUUUCUGUCAUUCUAAGUUGAUUUUGUGGUUUGGUAAUUAGACAGGUUAGGUUAAAUCUUUUAAAUGGUCUUAAGCAAUUAGUAAAGUCUGUGUUUUCAGAAUUACAGGCUCUUUGGAAAACAGGUCAUACUUAACCACCAUGUUUCCUAAUCUUGGCUCUGUUGACAUUUGGGCUGGAUAAUUCUCUGUUUCGGGGUUUCUCCUGCGCAGUGGAGGCUGUUUGACACAAUCCCUAGAUUCCACCCACCAAAUGCCAAUCCCCCAUGACAGCCACAACACACCAGGCCAAAGGUCUCCUGCAGGGCAGUCACCCCCAGUUUAGAACCACUGUUUACAACUCAGGCCAUACUGUAGGGGGGAAAAUUCACAGAAAAGCUAAUAUUCAUGUUAAACAUGGAAUAUGUAUGUGUAUGUUAAUAAGCUGUACCUUGACUAAUGCACUUUUUAAAACUCUUGCCACAGAUUUCUCAAGAUUUGCCACCUUACAGUAGCUAUGUUACCCUUGAAUGCUACACUAUAAUAACCAAGAAAAAGAUUAAAAAUUGUUUCUUACAAAGUUAAAA